AUGCAGUCCAGCACCGAAUCCUCAGCAGACGCCAACCGAGCCAUUGACGGUAACAAAGACGUAGACGCCAGACAUAAUUCUUGUUCUCAAACAAAAGAGUCCAGCUUCCCCUGGUGGGUAUUGGAUCUUGAAGGAAGCUAUACCGUAUCAGCAAUCUCAAUCACCGUAAGAAGAGACUGCUGCACCGAUAGGUUCUUAGGUGCUGAGGGCCAGGACCUGGACGUGGCACAUGGAUGCCGCCGGAGCCAGGACCUGGACGUGGCACAUGGAUGCCGCCGGAGCCAGGACCUGGACGUGGCACAUGGAUGCCGCCGGAGCCAGGACCUGGACGUGGCACAUGGAUGCCGCCGGAGCCAGGACCUGGACGUGGCACAUGGAUGCCGCCGGAGCCAGGACCUGGCCGUGGCACAUGGAUGCCGCCGGGGAAAGGACCUGGACCUGGUACUUGCAUGCCGCCGGAGCCAAGACCUGGACGUGGACGUGGCUGGGGACGAACCCAAGAGCAGGACGCAGGCACAGAGACAGGGUCGUGAGGCGAUAGCGCAUCCGCGAACGUGGAACAGCUGUGGUACCGUCUAUUCAAUUACUGGAAAGACAGUGACCUUCCACUGCCCUCCCACUCCAAUUCGAUAUGUCUAUAUCACCAUCCCAGGGCAUCGGAGAAUCCUCGCCCUGUGUGAGGUUGAGGUCUUUGGUGUUCGAGUCCCUUCAUUAUCGCAUCCAGCAAUAAAUAUCGCGAUCAAGGGAACCGCGGUUCAAUCCAGUGUGGAAUACAAGGCAAUCGCAUCCCGAGCUCUUGACGGCAACAAAAACGGAGUCUUUUGUACGCAAACAAAGCUAAGCCAAGACCCCUGGUGGAGACUCGAUUUGAAGAAAACCUACGCCGUGUCAACGGUGAAAAUCACCAACAGAGUGGACUGCUGCUCGGAUCGGAUCAAAGACGCCAGAAUCCUCAUCGGGUCCUCACUGAAUAACAACGGCAAUUCCAAUAAUCUGUGUGCCACUGUUCAAACAGUAAAGCAAAGUUACACCUAUAUUUGUGAAGGAUUUAUCGGUCGAUAUGUGAACAUCAUGGUCCCGGGACCUAACAGAAUUCUCACUCUGUGCGAGGUUGAGGUAUUUGGUACGAGGCUUAUGACGGUAGAAGACACAGUAAACCUGGCGUCUCUGGGAAAAGCCAUCCAAUCCAGCACGGACGAGAAUGGAGAAGCUGCUCGCGCCAUUGACGGGAGGAAAAGCGCGGACGCGAAUGAGAGGUCGUGCACGCGCGCAGGGCCGUCCAUAAACCCCUGGUGGAUGCUCAAUUUGGGUGAUACCUACAUCGUGGCAACGGUGAGAAUCACCAACAGGCAAGACUGCUGUUCGGAACGACUCGUGGGAUCCGAAGUCCGUAUCAAGACGGUCAAAAAGCUCAAUCCAAACUCCGACAAGCUCUGUGGAAUUGUACGAACCAUUUCUUCAACGUUUACCUUCAGCUGUCACAAUUUUAUGGGCCAAUACGUAUUGAUCAGCAUCCCGGGAUUUAACAGGAUCCUCACUCUGUGCGAGGUUGAGGUCUUUGGCUGGAAGGACAACAGGUCGGACGAUGUAACAGAGGCUAGCCAGAGCGACCUGGUCUCCAUCAGAGUCUGGCUUCGUGGUUCAGAAGGACGGGUCUACAUAAACUACUCGGAUUGUCGUAUCUGCCUCCGAUAUCCUCGGGUGGACGUGUUCGAGGUGGGUCUCUUUCCCGUACAGUGGUUUCCGGUACACAGUCUCGCACCCUCGGUCGUAAACCUGGCUUUAAGAGGGACUGCAUCACAGUCGAGCUUCAACUCGCUGGCAGAUGCUGAUCGAGCUAUUGACGGCAGCAACAACUGGAACGCGAAAAUGGGUUCCUGUAUGGAAACCAAGCAAGGCCAAAACCCCUGGUGGAGGGUAGACUUACACAGAACGUAUGCAAUUUCCACAGUGAGAAUCACCAACAGGAUGGACUGCUGCUCGAACCGAAUCCUAGGAGCCGAGGUCCGCAUCGGGAACUCGUCCGAGCCUACCGGGAGUGCUAAUCGGCUCUGUGGAAUUGUCAAAAGUGUGUCGGAAAGCUAUACGUUCGACUGUCCUGGAUUCACAGGUCAAUAUGUGAAUAUCAUGGUCCCGGGACCUAAUAACGUCCUGGCCCUGUGUGAGGUUGAAGUUUUUGGCACAGAAACUCCACUGAACUGA